AUGGAAAUACUAUCAUCUGAGCUGGGAAAAUGGACCAAGUCAAUGUUGGUGGAUUUUAUCCUAUCCAAAUCACUCCCAUCUGGUAUCAAGCUAAGUGAUGAAUUGUCACAAAAACUUUUUAGCCCAACCGAUCCCGUUAUGCCCCCAUCUAACUCAUUAGAUGUUGCAAACAUACUCCAAUCGAUUGUUUCCGAACUUAAAACCCUUUCCGAAAGUAAUCUGAAAAUGCAUGAUAAGCUCAACCGUCUUGGUAUGACUGGAUCCACUGAUAAUGUCGUUAAGCACAGACCUCCAAUAGUUACUAUGCAAGCGACCCAACCAACAUCUGGGAGUAAGAUCUCAGCUGCAAAACGACCAUUACCAACGGAAUCUACUAAGUUUAUUAUCGGAUCUGGUAAUCAAAAACCCACGAAGAUUUCUGCCGCACCUAUCCGUAAACACUCGGAUAUAUUCGUCUCAAGACUAGAUCCGCAUGUUACCACUGAGAUGCUUAAAACUGAACUGUUCCCUACAUUGGAUGACAUCACUAUCACUCAACUUACGACCAAACACCCUACAUACGCCUCCUUCCAUAUCCAAUUGCCACUUCAAAACCUAAAUGAAGUACUGGAACCUUCAUUUUGGCCUGAAGGUGUCAUUGUGAAGCGCUUCUGGCGACGUUUGCAACCAGGUAUGUCGCUGAACUCAGCUCCAAAAAACUUAUAG